GUGAGGGAGGGAACUUCAUCAGGAGGCGAUGGCGGCACCGCCGUGACAUCACCCCGCGGCUUAUAUAGUUGGGGAAGGGUCCAGGUCCCCCGUCUUGGUGCCAGCGCGCGUGGUGAGGGGGCGCGGGGUCUCUGUGUCUGUGUGUCUGUCUGUCUCUCCGUCUCUCCCCAGGAUUUAUGGACUUUACUUUCUAGAGGGCGGCGCGGCAAGGAUGAGAGCCCAGCUGGUGUGCGUGGUGCUGCUGGCUUUAGCCUCCUGCAGCCUCUGCUCAGAUUCAGAAGAGGAAAUGAAAGCGUUAGAAGCAGAUUUAUUGACCAAUAUGUACACAUCAAAGAUUAACAGAGCAAAACUUCCUUACUGGAAAAUGACCCUGCUAAAUGUCUGCAAUCUUCUCAACAACAUGAACAACCAAGUGGGGGAAACAGUAGAAGUAGAUGAAGAGGAUCUGGUUUCAGGAAGACAGUUUCCUACUGCGCUGGAUGGCUUCAGCUUGGAAGCAAUGCUGACAGUAUAUCAACUCCAAAAAGUCUGCCACAGCAGAGCCUUUCAGCACUGGGAGUUACUUCAGCAAGAUGCUUUUGAUCUAGAGAACUCAAGCCAAGACAAGGAAAUAAUGAAAAGAAAAAAUCCCUAUAUUCUGAAACGGCAGCUACAUGUGAACAAAGCUAGAAGACCAUACAUACUCAAGAGAAGUUCAUAUUACUGAUGCAGCAGAAGAAAACAAUGUAUAUUUAGUUUAUAGGUAACUGUGCGUUAUGGUUAUCUUAUUUAAAUCUAAAAUCAUACUUGUGUGAAAAUAUACUAUGGAAAAUCAUCAAGAUGAUAACAUAACUGUGUCUUUUUUGCAAUUGCUGUUUCUUGAUUGUGAUUUUUUCCUACUUGAGAUUAAUUGGACCAAUACAUUUGCAAAUAAAUCUAGUUUCUAAGCAUGAUGUAUUGUACAAAACUGAGAUUUCAACAUAUUUCCAACAAUAUUGUAGUAUUUUCCUAUUUUAUAAAGCACACCAACAUACACCAAGCAAAUUGAUAUUGUCCAUAAACCCUACUGAGAAACUUACAAUUUCUUAAUGCAACACCUCAAAAAUAUAUGCUUGCAGAUUUUUGUAUAAUACACUCUUCAGAACUGCCACAACAUUUUAUACGUUGGCCAGUUUAAUUUAUUAGGGAUUAGGUCUAAGGAAGGAAGGAAAUACUAUCAGCUAACUAUUAAAUGGCAAUUUCAAAAUUCAUAUUUUAAAUUGCCUGCUUGUAAAUGAAUUUUAAGUUCUUGACUCCUAACUUGCCACUGAAGAGUCAUAACUUAAGAGAACAGUACAUAAAUGAGACUUUAACAAAGUACGCUAGUGAGAACAAACCCAGAUGUGCUUCAGAGUCUUGUGUAUCACCGAGUAAAUAAGGAAAACAGAUUAUUAUAUCAGUAAAAUAAUUUACAGUGUUUACCUAAUCUAUGAAUGCUCAGGAAAAAAAAAAUAAAGACAAAAAUAAAAGCUUAUUCAUGCUCCUGUGCUGUCACUGUUAAAGUCAAAAUACUAAUCUGGUUAUAUGAGUAACUUGGGAGAAAUAUUUGAAAGAAGAAUUAAAGUUAGAACAUUUUAAACUUAAAAGGCAUUUCCUUUCCCUCCCUCUACAAAUUUGUAAUAACAACAGGCAGUUUCAGGGGUUGGAGUCAGUCUUGGAAGCUGACGGAGAGGGAAGCUCCCAGCAUGGCAAAUACUGAUUUCAAGCCGUGAGGAGCCAAGCGCCACCUGAAAUGUACACAUUUUCCGGCUCUGUGUCUGUGAAGUGUACAUGGGACUCAGGAUCUCAAUGAUCCUGGGUUCCAGUCUGGAGGAAAACAGUCUGAGAGAACUGGGGGUCACAACAACAGUCAAAAUAGAGGGAUAGUCCAAGACCCAGGAAGCCUGGAUGCUCAGACCCAGAGGCAAAAAAUGGGACAGACGCUGCUUUUGAAAACCUACCUGUUUUCUGUUUGAGGUAUUUCCUCAGAGCAAUGCUGUUCCAAGAAACUGCCAGAAAAAAACACUCAGAGAACUUCCAAAUCCUCUCACAGGUCAGAUUUUCUGUCAAUUAUUAAACAUACACAGGGAUAUGCAUGGAAAAAACAUACCCAUACCAAUGGUUAUACCAAGUUUGUUACAUGGGGAGGGAUGGUUUUUUUUUACAGUAAAAUGUGUUUUCACUGUAUUAAAGCUAAUUAUAUUUCCUUUUCUCACUGUAAAUGUUAUUAAUCAGUUUAUUUGAAUAAAUAGCCACUAAAUGCAUUCACUCACAAGAUAUAACAGCAUACACUAAUUACUAUAAUAAUCGUUAUGACUUGAAUACAGCAAAGCACUUAAGGACAUUUGGUCUCAGUGUUUUAAAUGCGUAAUGCACUUAAGGGCUUUGCUUGAAUAAGGUUCAUACCCUUUAUUUUUUUAUGAAGCUGUCGCAGAAUUAGACUGGAGACACAGUAUACUCUCAAGUGGCUAAGAAAGAUCACUCUUUUCCAACAUACUUACAAGCUCCCUAGUCCUAUUAUGAACACUUUAAAUUCUGAAUUACCUGUUGGUAAUAACAAAGCAGAACAGAGUUUGUCCCAAAAUUCACUGCUAGCAAUGUAUGAGGAAAAAAGAAAAGAAACUUCAAAUCAUUAUUUCAUGGGGAACACAGAAGAAUAAGAAAAAAAAAAAUAGGUUGCCAUGAUAUUUUUCUCUUGUGUUCAGUUUAAGAGUGUAAGAAUUAAAAAAAGAAGUAGGGUAAGGUAACGUUGUCAUCUGAUAGAGAGUGUUAACAUUUUCAAAAACAAAAGCACCCUUCCGUGUUUCAUUUUGGAGGUGAUUUGGAUAUUCAGGAUGAUGGCAGAGGACCUCAAAUGAUGAUGAUGAACUGUCCCACCCUCAUGUAGUGCUCCACACUCAAGUGGGACUGACCCUGUGCCUGCGUGCUUGUUCCUUGCAGUGCGGAGUUAACAGAUUAGCCAGACUGACUGGCUGAAAAUGGCUUAAAAUAACCCAUUUCCUUUCAGCAGGCUGUGAAUCCACACAGGGUCAGCUCCUGUGUGUCACUGGAGGAGGCAGAGCGUAAAAGUACGGCAGGAGUUGUUCCCCCAGCCUCUGGUGGAGGUGUGCCGGGAGCUGUCGGAGAAAUGUCAUCCAGAGUGACAGACAGUCCUAACUGGGCGAGGAAACAAUAUCCAUAAUUGUAACACGGUCACUAAAGAUAUAAAAGCCAAUGCUGGCAUUUCAGCUUAUUGGUCAUCGGUGAAAAGCAAGCAUAGCAGCAUUAAAACGAUAAAAACCGCUUACACCAUACAAUUAAGCCAGAUACACAGAGCUGUUAAGGGAUAUUUUGAUGUCUGGGGGACCCUUAUUUUCCUGAAAUCGCUCACUUCUAGCUGUUGCGACCUCCUCAUGACUUCACUGCUGUGGAGUUGCAGCCUUUCUUUAGCCCUCCUUUUUGGAUGAUGGCAGCAAAAAAAUAGGCAGGCUUAUGCACAUUUGUCUCUAUUUUGCGCAUUCUUUCAGUGGGAUCCUCAGGGUACCUGCCUUGGCCCUAGCUGUGCAUUGCCUGCAAAAUCAAUGCUGUAUUUGCAGCAGAAAUGGGUGCUGAAUGAAGUUCAAGCCAGAAGAGGCCCUCACAAUAUGUAAAGAUUUGUAAAUUUAGAUGGCUUUUUUUUUUCUUUUCUUUUUCUUUCUGCAGCUCGUAAUUGCCCUAAGUUUAAAAAUGGGUUUUUUUGAAGACUAUUAACUCAGAUUGCUACCUUGGCUUAAAGAACUGCCUCUUGAUAUGGACAAUUUUGUUUUAUAAAGGCAAUUACUGGGACAUUUGCUGUCUGUCUCUGCAGAGGAGCACAUUUUUCCUACAUAUUCCAUUGCUGAUGUUUUUACGACGUUCACAGAUGAAUAAUUAUACCAAUUAUUCAGAAACUUUAUACUUAAUUAUUUCUUAUAUGCCUAAAAUAUUGGAUAUUGUCAUACAGAGCAAUUGCAGAAACCUCUCAGUUCUUUCUAAGGUAGAAUUAAAUGUAACUGAGAUUUAAUUUGAUUUUAUAUAUUUUUAAUAGUUAUCAUCCAUAAUCUUGGAAAUGCCCUAUACAAGAAAAGUAAAACAUAGAGAAAGGAAUAAUUUUAUCAUCUCUGAAGCAUAUAUUUGUUAGUUUUUCUUUAAAAGAAACAUUAAAAAUAAAUAGUUACUGUUCUCAAAGUUAAAUGUGGUGAUAAAAUAAGUCUUCAGAUUUCUCGAGUCUUGCUUGUGGUAUAUUAUAAAAUUUGCUGUUUUCUGUCUUUUCUAUUAUAAGCCUAAACUUUGUUCUAUGUUUUAGGUAAGAGUUUAAUGGUUGUGGUGUGAACAGAGUGGAUGAAAUGUGGAGUUUGCAGAUUAAAAGAGAUUUAAUUUUGCGAGGUAUGAUUGUGGCUAUGCCUCAUACCCUACUCUUAACUAACACACAAUGGAGGUGUGAUAAUUUGGUCUUGAUCUUUACUCUUUUUCCCCAAGAUUAGUUAUCAGUAUCAAAUUGAAGAUGCAAGCCACUGCUAUAAUACUUGAGUGUAGGAGGGCAGAAAGAGAAGCAGGUUCUUCUGGAUUUCCCCAAUGUUCCAGAUGGAUCGUUGACGUUCACCACAUCCAAAAUAUUGGACUGACUGAAGGCAGUCAUAAAACAAGAGUUGCAGAGAAGCUGCAAAAUAAAAUGUACUGACUUCUGUGGCAUAACAAUAGAGUCAGAACUUGUACCUUGUCCGGGAAGCAAAGAAAGCGGAGGGAGAGGUUGAUCUUCACGAGGAACCUGGAGAAUGAGGUUUUCGUUGCUACCAGAUUCAAGCAUUCAAAAGUUGUGAGUGAGGCUGCAAAAACCUGCAAAUACAUAAACAGAUAGAUAGAUAGAUAACUAGCCCUGACAUCUAAAUAAAGUAAUAAAUAGAUGUCAAUUGGUUUUUAUUUCCCUCCAUUUACUGGACUGCCAGGGAGCAUCUGAAUCACAUUUUUAAGUUUUGUCAACAAGAGGAGCUAAACCAUAUUUGUUUGGUUUUAUUCAUUGCUACUGAAAAUUGACAUUCUGCUCCAAUGUCUGGAAUCCAACAGGUGUCACAUUAAGACACACCAAAGCACAGUGUUGAUGAUCAGAUUUCAAAACCUGCCGGAUCCAGGAUACUUGGGUGGGUCUGACAGACCCAAUAAUCAGACAGUGGACUAGAAAGAGCUUUGUGGUACCUCAUUAGCAGGCAGGCUUUGGCUGGCCAAACGACUUCUCUGAGGUGGCAAUAUGGGGAAAUGGCAUGGGAGCCACCCAGGAACUGUUGGAAGGGUGUCAGCUAUUAAGAAACCUAAAGCCUCAGGAGCUGUUGGUUGCCCAACUAAGACUUGCCUUUUCCAAGCAGAUGAGAGCGUACAGCUGUUGUCUCAGGAGACUCCUCGCAUCCCCUCAUGCAGAAGGAGAGGAGAGGAUUAUACAUAACUGCACUUGAAUUACCAAGGAAUAGCAUUUGUCUGUUUGAGCUCCCAGUGGGUCAAGUACCAGUCUGUUUUGGCUCAGAAGUUACAGUGCAGUAUUAGGCUGGAACCAUUUUCUAUUCUACUCUUGAAGUUCAGUGGUAGGAAUCUUUUGCAGGAUGUGUUUCUCUUACGUGUACGUAAGGGGCUUCUCAGAUAGUCUACACAUUGCUUUCACAAAUGCCUGCCAGCAGCCUGAGGACCUCUGUGCAGACGCAGUGUCUAAGCUGCUUAACAAAGCGUUAACAGUGUGUGAGUGAAAAACUGCUGAGUUUGUACGUCAGUGAAUCUGAUCGUGGGCAUAGACUGGAAACAUCCUAAAAGACAAGCUUGACAUCAUUAUUGCAGCUUUUUCUGAUUCAUUAUUUAAAAAUCCAAGCUGCAUAACAGAUUUUUGUAAUCCAGUAUUUUAGAAUUUAAGGUUUCCCCCCCCCAUAAAUAUUUAACUCAAAGUCUAAAAUAAAUGUGUACACAAAAAAAAAAAAAAAAAAAAAAAAAAAAAAAAUAACUAGUAUGUGCUAUAUUGUGCAUUAUUUUCUUAAAAAAAGUUGUCAGAGAGCAAUAUGACAUGGGAAUCAUUUUGUCUGGAAUAAAUGGUGUGGUUCCUCCAAAAUUUUUUUUCAAAACCAUAUUGUUUGUAUAUAUUUAAAGACAAAUGUUCCCAGAAUCUAAUGUUUUAAAGCCUUUUAUUAGGAUGCAAACAACAAUUUAGUUGAUCCAAUGAAUAAUCUCUACGGUUAAAAACCAAUCCUCCUCCUCAAAAAAAAUAAAACUAAUGAUUUCCUAUUUUAUAGCAGGUAUAGAGAAGGUCUUAGAAAUAGUUUACUUAAUAGUUCUUGCAUGAAUGAAAUCUCUUGGUUAUUUUUGUGUACUACCAAAUCUUUAGAGUAGUUGUAUAACCCAUAUACUGCAGUUGUUGUUGUGUUUUGGUAUCUUAUUUAAUGAUCUUUUAAAUAAAGAGCUGUUUGGAACAGA